GGCGACAGUGACGUAGGGACGCACUCGCGCUCUUCCCCGCGUCAUACGAAGAAUAGUCGUGGAAGAGACAGCCGACUUGACAGUUUCUUUAUUUCAUUUGUUCAAGUCCCGAUUGAGACUCAAACCUUAGCCGAGCCGAGGUGACGACGCGGUAUGCAGCGCCGUACCGUUCACAAUCGUUGACUCCAUCGUGGAGGGGGAGUUGGUGGUGGUGCCACUCUGAGUACUACAUGGCCAUCAUCUCAGCCGUCGCGUCCUCCACCCACCGCACCACGACCAGCACCAGCGCGGUAUCAACUCGCUCGCCACAGGAAGACAAAUUCGGUCCGAGGAUGGGCGACUCCAUCUGGGAGGACAAGGAAGUGAGAUUUGACGUGCCGCUCAGCCAGCUGAAGCUUCGCGCCGGGGAGAAGCUGAUCGACAGGUUGGACGCCGUGGAGGAUACCAAGGGCAACGACGGGGUGCGCGGCCGAUUGGUGGUCACCAACUUGCGCGUCAUGUGGCACUCGCUGACCUCCGCGCGGAUCAACCUCUCCAUCGGAUUCAACUGCGUGCUGAACGUGACGACGAGGAACGUCAACUCGAAACAACGCGGAAUGACGGAGGCGCUGUACCUGCUCACCAAGUGGAACUCGUCGAGGUUCGAGUUUAUCUUCACCAACCUGGUACUGGGCAACCGCCGGCAUUGCACCUCUGUUAUGGGCGUACACAAGGCGUACGGGUCGUCGCGGCUGUACCGCGAGCUGCGGCUGCGCGGCGCGCUGCUGCAGGACGGGCGCCUGCGCGUGCUCCCGCUGGAGCAGGUGUACCGCACGGUGCACGGCGUGUGGAACCUCUCCAGCGAGCAGGGCAACCUCGGCACCUUCAUCAUCACCAACGUCAGGCUCGUCUGGUUCGCCGAGAUGAACGAGAGCUUCAACAUCUCGCUGCCUUACCUGCAGAUGGGGAGCGUACGCGUGCGCGAGAGCCGCUUCGGGCGCGCGUUGGUGGUGGAGAGCGGCGAGCGCGCGGGCGGCUACGUGCUGGGCUUCAGGAUCGACCCCCCGGAGCAGCUGCUGGCCGUGCACAAGGAGCUGGUGGCCCUGCAGCAGGUGUACGGCUCUUGCCCCAUCUUCGGCGUCGAGUACUCCUGGGGCGAGCAGGCAUCCUCGUCGGUGGAGCCCGCACCCGUCAGCGAGGACCCAGAGGAGAUCGGCGAGCUCAACAACGACAUGUCCAACGCUUUCGUGGCGUACUUCGCGGACGGGCGGGCCGGGUCGGACCGGGAGCCCGUGUACAGCGCGGAGCUCGGGCUGGCUGUGGAACGGCUCAAGGAGGGAUUCAGCCUGCAGGGCCUCUGGGAGGUCAUACCCGCGGCGGCGGGGCCCUCGUACUGAGUAAAGUGUUGGUAUUUCGUAAGAGGUCGGGUGUUUACCGUGCGAACGGUAGCGUCGGAUGAUAUUGAACGUAGGAAGGCAGCGGAUGUGCCGACCCCCGGCAGAGUAAUGAGGGGGAGAAUCGGGGGAGAACUUAGAAUAAAACAAGUGAAAAAGUA